AUGGACUCCAACAGUACAAGCAUCUAUGAUCCUAGGAAUCCAGGGCAUGUGAAGACCUUCACUUUCGACCUGGCAUACUGGUCUCACAGUGGCUUUCUGAAGGAUGAGAACGGUAUGCUCAUCUCAGCGGGAUCUAACAGUUAUGCAGGCCAGAGAGAAGUCUUUCAUGAUCUUGGCCAAGGAGUGCUGCAGAGUGCCUGGCAGGGUUACAACGCAACUCUCCUAGCAUAUGGACAGACUGGCUCGGGGAAGAGCUACUCCAUGAUUGGUUGCGGUGCAAACAGAGGAUUGGUUCCCAGUGUGUGUGAAGAGCUCUGCAAAGCAAUCCAGGGUCAGGAAAAGAACAAGCAGUACCAGAUUACUUUCAGCAUGCUGGAAAUAUAUAAUGAACAGGUAAUAGACUUGCUGUCUAAGACCAGGAAGCCUGGAGGGCUAAAGAUUAGAGAAGACCAGCAACAAGGAUUUUAUGUGGAUGGUUUGAAGCUGGUGCCUUGUGAUAAUUAUGCACAGAUUGAGAGGUUAAUGGAUCAAGGGAAUAAGAUGAGAACAACGGCUACGACCACCAUGAAUGCUUCCAGCAGUCGAUCCCACAUGGUCAUCACGAUCCAAUUCAAACAGAUUUUCCUAGAUGAAGCUAUCACUAAGCAGUCAGUUAUCAAUCUGGUGGACUUGGCAGGAAGUGAAAGGCAAAAAUCAUCAGGAUCUGAAAAAGACAGAUUGAAGGAAGGAACACGUGUAAAUCUAAGCCUAACCACAUUAGGGAAUGUCAUCAGUGCUCUGGCUGAGGUAGCAACAGGAAAGAAAGUGCUGCAUAUCCCAUACAGGGACUCAGUGCUGACUAAACUCUUGCAAUCUGCUCUUGGGGGGAACAGCAGGACAAUCAUGUUUAGUGAUGGUGUUGUGAAUAAAUUUGAGGACAUUCUACAACUGUUACUUGUACAGGAACUACCAAAGGCAGUUAAUACUUUUGUAUGCUUGCAGAUUGCGGCCUUGAGUCCAGCAGAUAUCUGUUAUGAAGAAUCUUUGUCAACUUUACGAUAUGCUGAAAGGGCAAAAAAGAUCAGGAACAAAGCAGUGGUAAACGCAAGCCCCACAGAAAAGCUUAUAAGGGAACUGAAAGCUGAAAAUAACAAACUAUUGUCCAGAAUGGCUGGGCUCGGGAGCGCAGGGAGAUCAUUAUCCGAUGAAGCACCAGAGCUGCAACUGCUGGCUGAGAGCGAGGGGUGGAUGCGGAGCGCGCAGGUGACGUGGGAGGCUCGGCUGGAGGAGGCCCGGCAGGAGUGGGAGCAGCAGUACGCUGCCAUGAUGCAGGAGAAGUGGAUGAUGGAAACGUUCCCUUAUCUCCUGAAUAUCAAUGAAGAUCCUCAGCUUUCAUGGGUUCUCAAGCAUUUCAUUCAGGAUGGUGCUUAUGAUGUUGGUCAGUCAACCUCAAAUGCUAUAAUCCUAAGAGGUUUGGGCAUUUUGGACAAACAUGCUACAUUCACGAAUGCUGAUGGCAAAGUUACCCUAACGCCACAAGAUAAGUGUAAGGUCGUUGUGAACGGAGUGACCAUCACAGGGGAAACAGAACUGCAGCACUCAGAUCGUGUUAUUUUGGGAUCAAACAGUGCUUACCUCUAUGUCGGACCACCUGCAGAAAGAACAGAGGAGGACCUGAGCAGAUACGACUACGAUUUCUUUCAGUCCGAGCUGGCAGCAGCAGAAGGUUUCAGUGUGGAUAAACUUGGCACUGCAGGCAGCGGGCAGGAUAGAGCAGAUCCCAGUGUCCUGGCGGUAUUUCAUGACUACAUCAAGCUGAUGCCGCUGGUGGAGGAGGUGAAUCAGAUGAGCCAGGAGCUGAGGAAGGACCUCAAAUUUGAAUUGAAGGUGAAAAAUCUGGCCUUAUCAGACUUCAGAGGCCAUGACCUACAAAAGGAAGUAACAGUAAAAGUGACACAUGAAACUACACGGCAGGUGUGGGUAUGGUCGAAGGCCAAGUUCAUUAACAGGAAGUUCCUAAUGGAGGAGCUUUACCAGCGCUUUCUGGAAGGGGAGGACCCGGCUGUGAACCAGGACAGCGAUCCCUUCUGGGACCCAGUGGAGGCUGUCCACGUGGGAUCUGCGCAUGUCUGGCUGCAGGCGCUGGCGUACCGCAUGAGGCUUGGGGAGCAGGCCGAGCUGCUCAACUCUGAGGGGCUGGAGGAGGCUGUUGUGCUGAUAAACCUGUCUCCGUGCUCCAGAGAGGGGAGACUCUUAGGAGAGGACGAGAUGGUCAUUGAUCCUCUGGAGCUGCUGGAAAGAAGGGUUGAUUUCCAGAUUCACGUUGCAGAGUGUGUUGGAGUCAAGUGGCUGCGAGGUGCUGUGGGAAGAGGCAUUCAGAUCGGGUAUUGUGUUGCACCACUUCCCUGCUACAUCAGCAUGAUACCACUUUGUGCUUUUGGUGAAGUCAAGAGCAGGUUUAGCCUUGCUCCUGUGGAAGCCACGAGCCCACAUAACCCAUUAUGUGUUUUGCCUGGGUCUUUGAGCUGCAGUAAGAAUUUAACCUUGAAUCUUUGAAACUACAGAAGAUACGCCAUGUUGGCCUAAAAAUAUCACUCCCAUUUUUUAAAACUCUUUGUUGAGCAAGGAUUUUCAUGGCUUUGUUAUCCACAGAGAAAUGGGUGGGGUGAAGCUGGAGAAAUGCCCCAUGGAUUACUGAAUGGAGUAGGCAGAAAGCUGGAGGUCUCAGGACAAACAAAGGAGUUAUGAAUAUUUUAAAGCUUUUGUGCAUUUUUGACAGCAUGCCACACUGCUCCUGUCAACACAAUAAGUACUAAACAUUAAUAAAGUACGGUGAUAUUUUCACAUGUCCCGUGGGUGCUGAAUGACUGCACAGGGCACUAUAUUGAGCAGGAAAGGAGAGCUGACCUUGAAAUGCUGCAGUAAUUGUUCCUGCUCAGCUUCUGUGUCCGUUUUAAUAGCUGACCUUUUCGGAGACCAAAUUGGUUUUUAAUUAAUUUUGUUAUGCUUGAAUUUUAUGUCUUUAGAUAUAGAGUUUAUGAUCUUCCCCGAUGCUUAUACACAAAGCCUGUCUGGGAAAGCGUCAAUCCGAAGAUAGAAGAAACUGUCCAUUUCUCAGCUCUAAAUGCUUCCUAUGAAUUUUUGAAUUAUUUACAGAAAAAUGCUUUAAUUGUUGAUUUAUGGGGCCUCCAAGGUAUUUCUUUCCUAAAUUUUCACUUUUGAAAGUUGUGUAUUACAUAUUUCAUAUUCAGUGAUGAUUUGUGGAUAGAAUCAGACCAUAUUGUCCAUAAUUAUGGAUAACAGAACUGUUUGCCCAGGGAAUGAACAGCUCAGUUAUUCACACUUUUCAGUAAAACAUUAAUUCAGGAUAUGAAAAAUGGUUAGCGGCUUCCUGGUUAAAUUUUAAAAUGAGGAUGCCGGCCUCCAGCUUGGUUGAAGUUUUAAGGAAAAGACUCUCUGUCAUGAAUUCAUAGUUUAAGAAGAGACUGUUUAUUUCCACCUUAAAUAUUGCACACAAUGUACAAUAAGGGCACCAGCAGCGGAGAGCAUGUGCUGGCUGAGCCCUGAGCACGCUGUCUUUACUCUGCUGCAGAAGGUUGCGUGGAGAUGGACUCCUCCCUUGAUGGCCUUUUGCUCUCAGCUGAGGGCACCGUGUUGGUUGAUAAUCCCAAAGCUUUGACUGCGAGCAAUGCUGGUCUGAGAAGAAAUCUGAGUCACCUACCAAGGCAGUUAAAAUGAUGUCUGUGUCAUCAAGAGACAGUGAAGAGAUGUGCAGCCAUCGGACCAGCUGUGAUGCAGAACUUGCCAAGGCCCUUAAGACCUUCUAUCACAACAUGAGUGUAGUCAGACAGCAAUUCCUUCAGUUGAAGCACUCCAGGCCACCGGUAAGUGCGAGUUUUGCAAUAGUUUAAGCAUCUGAGGCUGUUUUGUAAUUCUAAGGAAUUUUGUCUUAGCUUUAGGAAUUUGAAAAUGAAGGUAUCAUAGAGUCACAGGAUGGCUGAGGUUGUGCUACAGUCGGUUCCUUACUCUGGAGGGAAACUCAUUGUUUCCACGUGUUUUGCACAGGACCGGAGGUACUGUCUAGGCCUGUAGACUCUGUAGUCUGACACGCAGGUUAAAACCAAGAGCUGAACAGACUCAAAGGGGCAUAUUGCUACAGAAGUGUUUGCCUACCAGGGGAGUUAUACUAUAACCAAGCCUGCUGUAUAUCUACUUAGUGCUCUAAGGCAGUUAUGUUGUCAUCAUCUUGUUCAUAAAGUUGCUUCAGAAUGAUGCAAUUUGGCUUUUAGACUGUGGUUGGCUCGCUAUUCAGCAAGUCUUCCAGAUUGUUUGGCAACAAAGCUAUUACUUACUCAAGCUGGCAAGGGGACUUUAUGGUGUAUAUUGGCUUUCUCAGUAUGACCUUUUCACAAGGGUUGUAACUCUUCCUGUUACUGCUCAAUAGCCCCAUUUCUUGCCAGUGACACUGUAUUGUUCUGAUUUUUCCUACUCUAUAUAACCUUCAGUUAUGCAGGGUAAAAAAAAGUCUUCUAAACUGGUGUAUCAUUUUACACAGUUUUCACUGCUUAAGGUUUUUCUGCACAGAACUAGUUAGAAACACGUAAACCUGAGUUUGCUUUGGCUCCUUAAGUAUUUAGCCUAAAACACAGCUCAAAGUUGGAGAGCCAUCCCAACUUCCCGCAGUCAUUUGAAAGAGCUUGUAUUGAGUACUGUAAAUCUGCAUACAUAAAAGCAGGCUAGGACAUUUCUUUAGAAAACAUUUGUGAUGACCUUUUAGGCCUUUAGACUGUCAUGAACUGUUAUCACCCUAUUGUUUCCUUUGAUAGAAGCUGCCCAUUAUUGUCUCUUACUCUGGCCUAAUUCUUAGCUUACAGAACCACAGUGCAUUUUUGAUAUAACAGUUGUGGGGAUGCUGAUCAAAGUUUUUGAUCUCGGACUAGGAGACUUUAUAGAGCAGAUGUGUAUUUCUUCAGACCUUGGUAUAUCUUUUUCUGCAAUUGAAGAACAAAAUUGUGUAUCAACAAAGAUAUUAAAUGCUUACAGGCUAUUCAUUUCUAAAACUCACUGCUUAAUUUUUGGGUUAUCUAGUAGCAAGGGUGCUUGGUGGUUAUCUCAAGGACAAUACAUGUUGUCAAGUCACAGGAGCUCUUCUGUGCCUACAUUAAAAAUACAUAGCCACUAGGUUAAAGUUAGCUAUGAAGCUAAUACAUAGCUUUUCAGCUUUAAAUGGCUGGUGUCCAGCCUUACUCCUUUAGAUGCUGCUGCCAAGAGAAUGAGUGGUGUAAUUCAUCUAGCCUGGAUAAAGAGCAAAGCUACCCUCCCAAGCACAUCCUUUCAGCUGUGGUGCAUGCCAUUCUUG